AAUAUGAUAAGAAAGAGUGCCAAAUAGUUGAAAUAGACCUUCUCUAUGUCAAGUCAGCUUGAUUUCUGAGAUCUGAUUUGAUUUUUGUGGCGAUUAGUAUUUAUUACUUUUAAAUUUAAUAUUAACCCCCACAUAAAAUGUCUGUGUCUGUUGAAAUUGAAGAAUCUGAAUUAUUGAAUGUAAAAACUUCCUGGCUAAAUAAAUCCAGUCGUAAAGAUUUGAGUAAAGCAAUUACUGAACCAGUAUUACCCGUUAAAGGAGAAACCAACAUUCUUGUGACUUCAGCCCUUCCAUAUGUAAACAAUGUUCCUCAUCUCGGUAAUAUAAUCGGUUGUGUAUUAUCUGCUGAUGUAUUUGCAAGAUACUGUCGGCUGCGUGGUUGGAAUACCUUGUACAUUAGUGGUACCGAUGAAUAUGGUACUGCAACUGAAACCAAAGCUUUAGAAGAAGGUUUGACACCCCAGCAGAUUUGUGAUAAGUAUUUUGAAAUUCAUAAUGAGAUUUAUAAAUGGUUCAACAUUGGUUUCGAUCAUUUUGGUAGGACUACAUCACCUAAACAAACUGAGGUCGUUCAAGAGAUAUUUAUGCAAGUAUAUAAUAACGGUUAUACUACAACUGCUUCUAUGGAACAAUUAUUAUGCGAAAAUUGUGAUCGAUUUUUAGCUGAUAGAUUUGUCGAAGGAACUUGUCCCAGGUGUAGUUAUGAGGAUGCUCGAGGUGACCAGUGUGAUGGCUGUGGUCAUUUAAUCAAUGCAACCGAAUUAUUAAAUUCUAGGUGCAAAGUAUGUCAAAAAACACCCGUUGUUCGCCAUUCUCAGCAACUUUUUUUAAAUUUGCCUAAAGUAGAACAAAAGUUAAACGAAUGGGUGGACAAAAACAGUGACGAAUGGUCAUAUAACGCAAAAGUGAUAACCAAGUCUUGGAUGAAAGAUGGGUUGAAAGAACGAUGUAUUACUAGGGAUUUAAAAUGGGGCAUUCCUGUGCCUCUUGAUGAGUUCAAAUCAAAAGUAUUUUACGUUUGGUUUGACGCGCCAAUUGGUUAUAUGAGUAUGAGUGCCACGUAUACGCCAGAAUGGCGUAAAUGGUGGCAACCGGAAAAAGAUACCAAAAUAACAUAUUAUGAAUUCAUGGCUAAGGAUAAUGUACCAUUCCAUUCUGUUAUGUUUCCAGCAUCACUUAUGGCCAGUGAACAAAAUUAUACUAUGGUAAAUCACAUUAUGGCUACAGAGUACUUAAAUUAUGAAGAUGGUAAAUUUUCAAAAUCUCGUGGUAUAGGAGUAUUUGGCAAUGACGCUCGAGAUACAGGACUUACUGCAGAUGUUUUUAGAUUCUAUUUACUAUUUGUAAGGCCCGAGUCUCAAGACAGUUCAUUCAGUUGGGCUGAUUUAGCCACUAAAAAUAAUUCUGAGUUAUUGAAUAACUUGGGUAAUUUUUGUAAUAGAGCUUUAUCAUUCUUAGAAAAGUUUUUUGAUGGCAUCAUUCCUGAAAUGCAAUUGGAAAAAGAUGAGCUAACAUUAUUAGCUUUAGUCACCCAUGAUCUACAAGAAUAUAUCGGUGUAUUAGACAAAGCUAAGCUUAGAGAUGGGUUACGCCUCAUACUUUCAAUUUCUCGUCACGGAAACCAAUAUAUGCAAUUUCAAAAACCAUGGGUACUUGUAAAAGGAUCUACAGAAGAAAAGAGUAGAGCUGGAACAGUUAUUGGUUUAAGCUGUAACUUGGUUUGUUUAAUAGCAGUAUUGUUGCAACCUUAUAUGCCUCAAACUGUGAAUAUUAUUGGUCAGCAACUUAAUGUCAAUAUUUCGACAUUUUUGCUGAAUAACUUUGUGUCAAUCCUUUUGCAACCUGGACAUAAAAUUGGAAAACCAUCUCCACUUUUCGAAAAAAUUGAACAGGCUGUUGUAAAUCAAUUAAAAAGUCGUUUCGCAGGAAAACAAAAAACCCCAGAAAAAGAAACCAUAUUUGCUCCUGGAUUAGAUGUUAAAUUACUGACAAGUAUAGAAAAAAUGGAAGAAGCUAUAUCUAAACAAGGUGAUUUGGUAAGAUCUUUAAAACAAAAUGGAACACAAAAAAGUGAAUUAGAACCAUAUAUCAAAGGUCUACUAGAAAUGAAAAAAAGCUUUGAACAAAUGAAGUUAGCAACUAGCUGUACUGAAACUGCAGAAGAAUUAGAGGAAAAAAUUGCUCUACAAGGUACCAAAGUACGGGAACUGAAGGCAUCAAAAGUUGAAAAAAGUGUAUUGCAGCCAGAAAUUGAUUUGUUAUUACAACUUAAAGCUAAGCUAUCAAAUAAAAAAGGAGUUCCAGCUGACAGUCAACAAAAUAAAAAUAAAAGCAAAGGAAAAAAAUAGUACAUAACUUAUGCUCGUAACUUAUAACUUGAUCAUUGUUUCAAAUAAAUUACUUUAUUAUUUUGAA